AUGGAGGUGUCGCUGACAACGGAGACACUUCCUUUCUUUAACUGUACACCUUGUGUCCUUAGGAAGAAGACCAUCUACCGAAGCAUCUGCCUGUCCUUCGUGCUGGCGAUCAUGGUGAUGGUGCUGCAACGGGGAAUGGGGCCCAGCCAGUUCAUGUCGGGCCAGCCGCAGAAGCCGUUCCUUUCCCAGGAGCCGGUGAAAGCUCAGAAGAGGGACAGCAUCUUCUCCAUCACCAGCAACUUUUGGAAGAGCAAGAAGGAGAUUCCCCCAACGGAGGCGGAGCCGGAGCCGGAGCCGGAGCCGGUGACGGAGGAGCAGGUGAGAACCUGGGAUGUCACCACCACCAACUGCACGGCCAACCCGAACUUCACCCAGAUAGACUGGUUCAAGGGGCUGGAGCCCAACUUCCAGCAGUUCCUGCUGUACCGGCACUGCCGGUAUUUCCCCAUGCUGAUCAACCACCCGGAGAAGUGCAGCGGGGCCGUCGACCUGCUCAUCGUGGUCAAGUCCAUCAUCACGCAGCACGACCGGCGCGAAGCCAUCCGGAGGACCUGGGGUGAGGAGAAGGAGGUGGGGGGGAAGAAGAUCAAGACGCUGUUCUUGUUGGGCACGGCCUCCAAGGAGGAGGAGAGGGCCAACUACCAGAAGCUGCUGGAUUACGAGAACUUCAUCUACGGGGACAUCCUGCAGUGGGAUUUCCUGGACAGCUUCUUCAACCUCACCCUCAAGGAGGUGCACUUCUUGAAGUGGCUCAACAUCUACUGCGACAACGUCCGCUACAUCUUCAAGGGGGACGACGACGUCUUCGUCAGCCCCCGCAACAUCCUGGAGUUCUUGAAGGACCAGAAGCAGGAAGACCUCUUAGUCGGGGACGUCCUGUACAAGGCCAGGCCCAUCCGCAAGAAAGAGAACAAGUACUACAUCCCCAGCGCCCUCUACAACAAGAGCACCUACCCUCCCUACGUGGGCGGCGGGGGCUUCCUCAUGGAUGGACCCCUGGCCAAGAAACUGCACAAGGCCUCCGAGACCCUGGAGCUGUACCCCAUCGACGACGUCUUCCUGGGGAUGUGCCUGGAAGUGCCGGGGAGUUGGAGCCUGCAAAGGCUUGGCUCCCGCGAGACAGGAGGGUAAGCCGCCUCCACCCGCCAUUGCGGGAGGGGCGUGUCCACGUCCCUAAGGGGGAGGGGCUUCGGGGAAACCCCUCGGGGAGGUGCGGCGUGCCCUCCCUAUUUUGAGGUUGUCGUGUUAAGGGCUAUACAGCUAGGGGUAUGCUUUAAGGGGGGUUAUAUGGUUUGUGUGUGUUAAUGUCUCAGUGUGUAUAUUGGUAUUGCUAUUUGUCAAGGUUUAAAGAACUAUCAUGGUUAAGUGACUAUCCCUAUGUGUUAAUUGUCUUGUAAUAGGCUCUAAGUUAUUUGGUUCAUAUUUGGUAUUAUAUGUGAAUUGUGGAAUAUUAUAUAUAGUAUUAUAUGUUAAGCCUUGUAAAUAUUCUAUAUUUUAUAUUGAGCAUCUGUAUUUAUUCUUGUAAUAAAUUGUACAUAGUUAA